UGGGCGAGAAAACUUCGCCGCUUCGAGGCAGUUUCCCGAGUUCAUUGUCAGUAGUGCGAAUCUCACUCAGUGAUGCAUUUGAAGGUCCUUUUCGCGUUGGUGAUUUUGUUUGCCAUUAGGUUCCGGGCGGCGGCGACCUCUUCAAGCGACGAGCGGACAAGAGAGCGGCAGAACGGAUUCAAAGGGAAGAACUACCCUCUGGGGGCGCCCAAUUCCAACUCGCGGAAACUCCAACGCGAAGAAUCGACCAGCGGAGAGAGCGAGGAGAACGAGAAAGACACCCGUGACCGGGCCCAACUCCCGGCCCCUGCUCACUCUCACAGAGGUCAUAGACAUCCCCUUGGGGCCGCCGGCGCCGGGGGUGGUGUAGGAGGAGGCGGAGGGGGUGGCGCCCCUUUCUCCCAGUAUAGCUACGGAUACUCGAUCCCCGACCAUGAGUUCGACCACAACCAGAAUCAAGGCCGGUACCACAACGAGGGUGGGCAGAACUACCAGCGGCCGACCCCGCCUCAGCAUUUCUUCCACCACAGCCCCUACGACCGGUUCCAGCAGUACGACUACGACGCGGAGCGAGAGCGGGCAGCCAAGUCGGGACCGGGACCCGGACAUGAAGGACCGCCACCCCCGCGGGCCCACCACCCCCAUCCGGGGCACCAGGGACACCAGGGCGUCCCUGCCUUGCGGCACGUGAUCCCGGUGGCGCGGCUGGCGUCGCCGUUCCCGUACCCGCUGGGCUACUCGCCGCCGGUGACGCCCUUCGGGUUCCUCCCGCACUUGGCGCCCCCCAUCACCUACCUGGCCCAGCCGACGCCCGUCAUCUCCCAGUCCGUCCCGGCCGUCGUCGCCUCCGCCACGCACGGCGCCCAGAUCGCCCUCCCUGUCGCCCACGCCGGCGUCGCUGACGUCCCCUACCACGUCACCACCGCCGGGGACGAGACCCAGCUACAAGCCCACCAACAAUGAGCUCCGUACGAGGAUGCAACUUCUGGUACACAAUGAGAAAAAUUAAGGGGUUUGGAAGACAAAGCGCAUAAGUGCAGUUUGUGCUGUUCCAAGAAAUACGUGGUUGAAGUUUCAAAUUUACAUGGAAUCUUAUGGCAGAAAGGAGGUUAAAACUCACUUUUUGAUGCUUGAAAGCUGGAAAUGAUUUUGAAUUUUUCACAGAACAGACUUUCAAAGUGGAUUUAGUAGAGUUCAUGAACGGCCUGAACCCUAUAGAAAAAUAUAUUGUGUUACUUGUAACAUGUGUUAUUGCUCCAGUGUGUACACAGUAAACCUCUCCAUGAGACACCA